AUGAUUACCAAGUUUUUCACGAAAGUUUCCGUGAGAUUUAAUCCAUUUGGAAAAGAAGCUAAAAGCGCUAGACUCUUCCUUAGUGCUAUACCGCCUGCUCAGAGGUUGAGUGGAACGUCUAUCCAGAACGAGCUGCUCACUGGCGGAUCUGUCAAAACGCCUAUUGUCAAAGUAACGUUUAAAGACAAGACCGAGAUGGAAGUGGAUCCUUCGAAUCUUACUUUCAAGGAGCUUGGAAACUACUUUGACAGAUAUUCCAGAAAGCUAAGCUUAAAAGAAAGUAUAGAAUCCCAGUGA